GACGAAAAAACAUAGAAUCACGCCCAUUAGCUGGGCGUCCCUUGAAACAUACCCGCAUGGUACCCACUGGAUGCACCAUUCCAGGAUAUUCCAGGGGCUCGAACAGGGGAAAGCUUGAAGGCGACAGACCGACAGGUUGCAGCGCGUGUGCGCUGUCCAGCCUUGUCUCUGUUUCAACUUCUUAGGAAGCAUGGCGCUCUUCCAACUUCUGUUGGCUUCUGCUUUCCACUUGGCUGCGGCUUCAUUCAACGUGGUCUCUCCCGCCUUGGAGGCAGAAAUGGUGCUUAAAAAGGACCAGUGGUGGCACCUGGGGGGCUUUUGCUUUGGCCGGAAUGAGCAAGCACCAGCGCUGGUCGCACAGCUUGUUGUGCGAAUGCUCUGGCAGGGUGAAGCACCUCUAGAUCUAUCCACGAAGGUGUACUUGGUCGCCUUCGAUGGGCGAAAGGACUAUUGGGGGGUGGCUCAGCAGGAAUGGGAGACUGCUGGUUGCGAAGGCAAGCUUCGAGUUGCAACUGAUGCAUACGACUUGCACGAAAUGACAUGGUACAAGAGAAUCCCUCCGAAUGUCGAAAAAGCCUUUACGAUCAACAUCUACCAGAAGACUGCGAUGAGGGAUUGGCACUAUGCUUUGAUGGCUUGUGGCAGUGUAGAAGCUGCUCCGUUGAAACUGACAGUGGAAGCGGUUUCAGGAGCCCUCUCCGUGUUCGCAGCCAAUGACAACUUCGAUGAAAGCAGUUGCCCAGUCAUGCCAAUCAGCUGGUGGCAAGAAGCCCAAGUAGAAGCAGGCUUUUGGCUUUUGCUUUGUGCUGUAGCCAUUUGCAGUGCUUGCUUUGGCUUUAUCUUCCUCAUGGUGAGCCAGUGGCUCUUCAGCAGAAACAAGCGUGCCUAUAACAAGAGCACUGAUGCUAACCAGGAAGUAGUCAUCGGCAAGCCCUGCCAAGCACUAGAGGAUAUGGAUAUCGCAAAUGGUCAGAUCAACAAUGCGAAGUCGGCGAAGUCCAAUCCAAAAGUGAGCCCGGAAGACGUUUGAAUG